CUAUGGUUGACCAGAUCUUGACACAGGAUGAGGUGCCUUGUGUAGUUUCCAGUAGCACAAGUGAACCUAUCCCAACCUGUUGGAUGCAAUCUCGUAAACGCACAAAAUCUAUACAAGCAGAUUGUAUACAAGAACAGGUUCAGGAGACCUACGAUAUAAUGCCCUCUUCUGAUGAAAGCAAUCAAGUUUUAGCUGCCAUGCCUCGUCGUCAAAAACUUAGAUAUGAGGGGGAUCACUACACACCAAAAUGGGUGAGAUACACUGGUCAUUUAAAAGAAGGCUAUUGCGACAGUUGUAAUCCAGGAAAAUGGUUGCAGUUGAAGAACAGUGCUUAUUGGUACCACAAGCAAUUUUUUCAUGGCAUAUCUUCUGUAUCUGGAAAGUCCUUUAUGAAGCCAAUAGAACAGCGUAUGGGUAAAGGUGAUAUGAUUGAAGGUCUCUGUCACCAGUGCCACCGUUUUGUACCUGCCUGUAAUGGAAAAAAGAAAAACAACUACAUGUUAUGGUACAGACACGCUCACAAGUGUCAUUUAUACGAUAAACCAAAAGCAACAUUAAAAACAAUGAGAAAGACAUCCCUUACUUGCUCACCCACUUUACCAAAACAAUAAUACAUCUACCCUCUCUUUCUUUCUUUUUUUUUUCCCAAAUUAUUUUUGGCCUCAUUUGCAUGUAUAUAAUUUUUUUUUUUUUUCUACCGCACAAGUUUUAUGUAUAAAAAAAAAAAACAAAAAAAAA